AUGUCAAACAACAGCGCCGCCAGCAGCAGCUUAGCUCUCGCUCAGAAGGCCGUGAAGCAGCUUCGUUUGGAGGCCAGCGUCAGGAGGAUCAAGGUACGCGCACACUGAGAACACACUGAAAACACUCAUGUUGACUUUAAGCUCACAGCACUGUCCUUUAGCUCUGACUUAGAACGUUACUGUUUAUGUUCGGAGACUAAAAACCUGCUCAUAGUGUCAAAAACUCUGGGCAAAAAAUAGGAAAAACAUUAGAAUAAUAAAUAAAAGGUUUGUGCUUUAGUGAGUGAAAUGUUAGAAUCCUGGUGUGCUGUGUAUCACAGUGAAACGGUAGCAAACAGACGUCUGUGUGCGAGUGCAGCACAGUGGGAUCUUUGUUGAGUGUGCUGCAGACUGCUGUGAUUGAUUUAGAACAGGAGUCAGACCAGUUUCAAGUGUGUCUGUGUUCAACAGCUCAGCAGUGAGCCGUGAGCGGAGAGACAAACCACAGAAAUUCCUCAUGAGUUAAACAUGUGUUAAAAGGUAGAGCCCUCAGACAACAAACCAAACUCAGUACUUUAAUUCAACGUCAGAGUGGCUGGAACACAUUCGAUCGAGGUUGAAACUGCUGCUGUUGGAGGGAGUUGAGCAAGACUUUGGAAGGAGAGGCAAAGUUGUUCAACAGGUAGUUUAUCAGGACACGUGAUUAAACGUGAUAAACACAGUGUUGGUCAAGACUCAUGGUGUUCAAACUCCUCAGAAUUUGUGCACAAGUUGCAGCUAUUUGGGUUAUUUUUUGAUGAAUCCUCCAGUCAGGAGAAAAAACACCUCAGAGCGAGCACACACUGAGUGUUGUAAGGGUUUCUUUGUGUGUUCAUUUGCUAAUCCGUCCUAUUUUAGGGCCUCUGUCCACUGGCUGCGUUUUUUCUGUGGUUGCAGUUUCCUCAAUCCUAAUGCCACAGAACUUUUUACCCUUGCAGCCAGGUUACAUAAUAAUGAGUUAUGACACUUUUGCUUUCCUUCGUAGAGUUAAUUAGGUCUGUUUUAAAUUACUUUUCAUGUUUAAUACUCGCUGUUAUUCAGGGACAAGUGAAAAAGAAAACACUAAAACAGAAAAAAAAAGAAACAUUUUGGCGUGCAGCUCUAAACCUGGAGUCUGGUGUGUCCCUCCUUUACCAUGUCGCUGAAGAAGUUGAUAGCAGAAGUCCCACCCCUUCUUUUUUUUGAUUGGUCAACAAAGGAAAGAGAUAAUCAUGAGGUGGUGUCGUUUGGGGGUGUGAAGUGUUUUCAUCUGCUGCAAGCCAAGCGACAAAAAGGACAUAGUAAAGGUGCUACUGUGCUUUUGAGUAGAAAAUAGUCACUACCUAUGCAAAAACUGCAGUUAGUGGACACAGGCCCUAACUGCAGUAAGUGGACACAGGCCCUAAUGCAAAACUGGAGCUCACAUAAAACAAUGUCAGGUAGUUCACUUCAGGUGGAGUGAUACCAUAUCUUAAACGAGUUUAUACUAGAAAAGGGAUGAUGAUGGAUUAUUAAAUAGAAGAACCUGGUAUUUCUUUCCUGAAUGUUUGUUUUCAACUAAAGUACAUGUUCCCUUUCUUUUGAAGAAGCUAGUUUUAUUAAGGUCUCGAUUAGAGAAGGACGGUGAUAAAUAACUCUUCUGAGCACACUCUGUCUCUUCAUGGACUGUUUCAUGGAUCUGUUUUGGUGCUCUUUUUAAAUGACAAAUAAAUCUGAAGCCACAAACCAAACAAAGUGAUCUGUCACUUAUUGUUCAGGUUUCUCAGGCUGCCGCAGAGCUGAAGACCUUCUGCCUGCAGAAUGCUCAUAAAGACCCCCUCCUCACUGGAGUCCCGUCCAGCGAUAACCCUUUCAGACCUCCUAAGUCAUGUGUUCUCCUCUGAGGUGAGUGCAGCUCUUCUCUUUUCUUCAACAAUGACCCUGUUUGAUUUCACAUCACACAAAACCCGUCACUACCAGCUAAAUCUGCUCCCUCUCGUUUUUUAGGGUGGUGGGAAAUAUCCACAAAUGCUUUAUCAGUGAUCCUCUGAAGAUCCAGAGACAAAGACAAAGAGGUCAGUGGAGCAGCUGAGGACCGAUGUGGAACAAUCCAUUUUGAAGACAGGAUUGAUAUGUUGUGCAUACUUUGACAGGAUGCUUGUUAAUAAAGCAGUUGUUGUUGUUUUUUCUGGACUUGUCUGUUCUGUGGACCAUGUUUGAUGACUUGAUGUUGGUUUCUGCUGCUGUAUGAUGUUGUCAACGGUAAUAAAAGAAGCUUUGGACUGAUGACAGCGUGGUUAGAAGGUCUCAUGAGAGUCACACUGGCAGAUUCCUAACUGAUUGCCUGGGAGCGACGCCUGAAGCCGGUCUAAAAAUAUUGGAUUCCUUGUGGGUUUUUUUCUCCUUUUGCGCAUGCUUUUAAUAAACAUCCAAUCUGUGCGCAUGUGAUUAUUUACACUAACAGACAGAGGCCUUUUUGUCCCCUCAUUUUAUUACUUCUUUCUUAACAGCACACUCAGAGACAAAGUUUGGUUCGAUUCUGAUUACCAGCAGAUACCUUUCAGUUAAAUAAUCCUCCUGUUUCAUCAAUGAUUAUUCUUAAAACUGACAGAUGAAUUAUUUUAUCUUGAAAUGUUGAAAAGUGUGAAGAAAUGUUGGUUUCUUUUAACUUUGCGCUGAAAGAGAUGUUGAAAUAUUGAAACCGAUUGUCAAUUAGACCCUUUACAUGUAACAUGAGAAAAGCAGUAAAUCCCAAAUAAGAGGUUUUGUUUGACACUUUGAUUACAAAAUAAUAAUAAUAAUAAUGACGCUUUAGUAGUUGCCUUUUAGAUAUUAGAAUUCCUGGUUGCAUCUCAGGUAACUUCCACCCCUUUUCUUGCUGUUUUAAUCACUCUUUUAUUAUUAAGCAGUAAGAUUAAAAGCUGCCUCACUGUAAAUAUCAGUUAAAAUCCUGUUUGUUGUACUUAAAAAUCAUUGUUUUGAUGAUGUUUGUGUUCAUUUAAGUACAGAUAAAUGUUAAAUUACCCCGAGUUACUUCGCUGUAUUCAUGUAAAAGCUGAAAAGUGAACUGUGUGUAAGUAACAGAUGUUUUAUCCUCAUAACAUUGAGUUUGGAUGAACUCCUCAAACUAUAUUUUAUACAAUUUACAUGUUUCUUUUUAUCUCUUUAACCUUUUAUGCUAAGAUCUUAAAAAAAAACAGGUGUCAACAAAAUAAAUGAUCUACACAGUAAUUUUCUCCUGUCGUGUUUAUCUCUCACUGUUUUCUGGGAUAUUUCCUGGUUGUGUCUGGCCUGUCUUUUGAUGUUGUUUAUUUUGUUGUAUAGUUUGAGUCAUAUUUUUUCCUAUUUGCUGAAUUUCUCUUUAACCCCCCUCCUGUGUUAGGGUCUGCACCGACCUGUUUAACAUGUAUUUCUCAAACAAGAAGAUACUUCAUCUUUUGGCACAUCAGUACCACAUUAUCAUAAGUAUAGUAGUAUUUGAUUACAACUUCAUUCUCGUAAGUAAUGAUUUUAGUAUAACUUCAUUCUCGUUAGUUGUGACUUAUUCUCGUAGAUUAAUGACUUUAAUCUCGAUUUCCUAAUGUUUCUCAAAGUCUUUUUUUUCAUAAUGUAGCCCUUAUACUCCGUCGUACAGUAGGAAGUUUAAAUGUAAUGUAAAAAAAUGCUGUGAAAUAAUAAAAAGAGGAGCUCCUGGACGGUGUGAAACCAUGACGUGUGUUUCCAGCCUGUGUUUACGUCGUUCUCUUUCUCGGCCGCUGGGUGUCGCUGUUGCGGCGGCGGAUCCUCGUUGUUGAUGCCCGAGCAGCGGCUGCCUCCUCCUCCUCCUCCAGCAGAGAGCAGUGCGUGGUUGGAUGUGAGCGCCACAGACCCGUCUCUACUUCCAGAUCGAAGAUGGCGGUCUCGGUGUUCACCGGCGUGCGGCUCCUCUCCAUCGGAGACGCGAACGGAGACAUCCAGCGGCACUCCGAGCAGCAGCCCCUGCGGUUAGAGGUGAAGAGCACACAGGAUGCUGCCCUCAUCAAUCUCUCCAAUGGUGAGUUGACCUUUCCCGCUGCCGCUGCUCGGACCAUCGGCCUGUAGCUUAUGCUAAUGCUAACACAGCUAAUCUGGCGUUAGCCGCGAAGAAGCUAACAGCUCUCCCCCUGUUCAUCACGAGGAGCCCCUAAACUCCUCAUUUUUCUUAUUCGGAUACUUCAUUUAGGCUCUUUUAUCACAGACCCACGGUUUCCACGGGACUUCUCCGUCUCAGAGUCUCUUUUAAAAGUCAUAAUAACACCGACACUGGAGCUUUGUUGGCUCCAUAAAUAACCGGGGCAGCUAAGCAGCGUUAGCGGUGAGACAAUGAGUGGAGCCCGGCUCCGGCAGUGAUGCGCUAACGGCUCACAUCCACGGCUCUGUCCUUCGUGCUUCAUUCACGGUUAUUGUGUCACACAUGAACACCGAUAAUACUUUUACAUUCAUCCACGAGCAUAAAAACGACCUGAUGGUGUUAUUUUACCUUUUUUAGCUCCUGGAUUAGCCUGUCCGGACUGUUUGGGACAGGGAUGGGAAAUCCGUUUCUUUUCAGUGAUCAGAACAUUUGACUCAGGUCAGGGUGAAGACUGCUGUGAACUUAUUUUUUGAUUUUAUUUAAAUAAAUAGUUUAAUCUGGAAUAGUUUUAAUACUGUAUCUUAGUAGUUUUGUCUUUAUUUAAUUAAUAAUUAAAAGCUCAGUUCCAGAGUGGCCUGUUUAGUGCUAGUAUUGGGCUUAGUUGUGUUAAAAUACAGAAUCAGAAAUACUGUAAAUAUGCCCAAGGGGAAAUUGGUAUUAGUCACAGCAGCUCCAGAGCAAAUAAAGUAGAAAGAGGCAAUUCAUAAUAGAUAAAGCAUGUUAAAAAUAAGAGAUAAAUAAUUAAAAGAAAUAAAAAUAAGGAGAUAAAACACAAGAAAAACAGUUGUAAUCACCAGAAUAUGUGACGGUCACUAUUUGUGUCAUGUGUAUGACACUGACUGACAGUGAUGAUUUCUGCACAUUUAAUUUGAUAGUCUAUUAGAUCCACCAACAUUACGACCUACCACUGUAUGUAUGCAAAUUGUUUAAUAUAGUCACGUCACACACUUAAUAUUUUACUGUUUUUUGAAUGAAAUAAACUUUUUUGUUAAGAAAGGUAUUUGUAUCACAUGUAUAAAACUGACUGACAGUUGAUUUCUGUAUAAUAAAUUUGGUACAGAUUGUUUAUUUUAGCUGUUUCUUUUUAGUGUUGGGAUCUAAACUUUUGAACUACUGUCUAUAUCACCACUUCAGACUCCUAUCACUGUAUGUAUGCAAACUAUUUAAUAUAGUCACCUCACACUUAAUAUUUUACUGUUUUUUGAACAACAAACUUCUUUGUUAAAAACUCCAUUUAGCAGCUUAUACAUUUCUCAUUAUGAUUCUUCAGUAAAAAGUUAGAAUAACAGGCUGCAGGGAUGAUUAUAAAGAGGAAAAUGUGGUUUUCCAACACCACCGAAACACACCACUUCUAACUAAUGUGGUUUAAAACUUGUCAAGGACACAUUUCAUUUGAUUUACCAUGUAUAGUUUUGCUGUAUGUGUGCCCCUUGCUCCCUUACAGGAGUCAGCCCUUUAAGCUGACUCGUCCAGAAAAGACCCAUCACUAGUUUAAGAGCCAGGAGCAGAGGGCAUGGCUCCUGACCCGCCACUGUGCGCCGUGGUCCGGCCGGCUGUCACUGUUAUGGCUCAGUAUUUCAGCCAGCGGUCCUGCCUCAUAAAGGAGCCGUGGACAGACUCUCUUCGAGGUUUUAUUUAUCUGUUUUUGGAAAAACGCGGUCUUUGAGUUUGGAGGGGUCUAGAAAGAGCGAGCCCUCAUUACUUAUGCAGCUUUGUUCUCAUUGGAACAAUGGCCGGGACCCCGCCGCCUCCUGCCCUCCUGUGAGGAGGCAGCAUCAGAGCCGCUCUGCUGCUGCUGCUUUUCUUAUUCAAUGGGGUGUCCCGCUGAAAAGAAGCAGACCUCCUCUGCUGGGAUGCUCCGGUGAAAGAAAAGAGCCCGCAUUCAAUGUGGACCUUUUGAGGCGCUCUGCAUCAACACAUCUUUAACGUCGUCAGGCGCUGAAAAGAUGCUGUUUUAUUCUUCAGUGUGGGAAUUCAGGCUAUUAAUAAUGAAAGUAAUGUGAGUCAUAACCGCUUUAGAUAGCCACAUAAAAUCAGAGCGUGUGAGCUUGUGUGAGUGUGCACGUCUGACUAAAAUAUCUUCUCUCUGACUACUGCGUAUGAUAUAAAGAGAAACCGUUUCCUCUGAUGGUUAAAUUUUCUUUUUAGAAAUCCUGACCCCUGAGUGACUGGAGGGUACAAACGGGUUUGGAUUAGCUCUGGCCUGCAGCUAUGAGACAGACUGUCAUUUAUGCAUUGUAGUUUUUGGUGCAGAUGGUCCAAUUAAAAGUAAACUGACUGAAGAAAGAGGUUAUUAAAGGACACAGACAGGAUCCUCGCUGGGAAAUACUUUUUUUUUUCUUAGAAAAAACACAUAAUUUUUUUUAGUUAAACCGGAAACAGCUGUUUGCUACUCAGCUCUAAACUUGACCUGGUAGGAGUCAGGAGGUGCUGGUCUGGAUGUCUUAUUCAGUACGUGUACAUGCCACUCGAGUAAACCGAAUUAUCGCCAUAUUCCGAUAAAGACAGGACAACUAAGGUGCAUGGAGACACCUCAGUCCGACUGUAAUCGGAGUUUGAGAACUCUGAUUAAGACGUCCAGAUAAUGCGACUGGAAUUCAACUUUCUCUACCAUGUAACCGGCGUAGUCGAAGAAUGAUCGGACAAAAACACCAGAGAAGAGGAGUAGCGUUCGUCUCAUCUUUAGAAAAAGUAGCGCGUCCAUCAUGUAGGACAAAAACAACCCUGUACGAUGCUCCAUCCUCUUGUUUCUCCAAAAUGUCCAGCAGCAGUUGUAGACACUUCUGACGUCUGACACCGACCUGCUGUUGUUGUUGACGGUUGUAUGGGGUCGGAAACAGCGCCGCUGAAAAGACCCAUAUUGCCCCCUAGUUUUGGGGAGGAGGACACGUUCACGUCAAUAAUUCGAGUCCGAAGUCUGAUUUGGUGAAAAAAAAAACAAAUUAUGAGCUUAGUCCGAUUAAACCGUGCUUUCCUCUCGUAGACCAGCUGCCUCGGUUUUUCUUUGAGGUCCAAAGACUGGGUUUGUAAACGGAGUCUUUGAAGAGAGAAAUUCAACAGCUGUUUCUGCUUUAACCGAGGAGCUCGUAAACUUUCAGCCUUUUUAGUUUUCUAACCCGAACGAUCCACAGUGUGCUGCUAAAAGUGCUUUUUUUUUCGGAGGACAUCUACAUUGUGAUUCAAGUUCAGUCCUGAAUCCCUGCAAGUGUGCUAAAAAUAAAGAGGAGGCUAACAUUAUAGACAUGCUCUGCUUACAUAACAUGAAAUCCCUGCAUGAGAGUUAAUUAUUUAUCAGGUUGCUGUCAUCUUAUAGUCAAACUGAGCCGAUGUGGGCUCGUACCGAGGCUCGCUGUGGGGUCUAAUCCUGCCCGGGCAGAGAUUUACUCUCCUCCAUUUUUAUGAACGCUUACCUCAUCCAAACCAAACAAGGUCAGAGUUACCUUGACUGGAUUUGACCUCCCAUUUGAGACGAUGAAAACAUGACAUCAGCGCGGUGGGAAGCCCUCUAAAACGGAGCGAGAGGAGAGAUUGGAAACAGGUUUGUGAGGCGCAGUUAAAGUGAGCGCUCGUAUAAAUGAUUCAACGCGGUCCAGAGGAGAGCCGCUUUGACUUACCAACACCAGGAGGAGGAGUAUUAAUCAGGGGUUUGUGUUUGGGGCAAACAACCCUGAAGUAACUCAGCUGAACCAAUCACAGCGUCCGUCUGUCUGUCUGUCUGAGCGACAGCUGAGCUGCCAUGAUGGCACACUUUAACCGAGACAGGAAUAAAAUCACUAAACGGAUUAGUGACCCCGUUCGGACCUGACAGCUGCAACAAUUCAUUUAGUCCAAAUAUCAUCAUGACGGACAUGUGUGUCGUCGUCCCCCCCUCCCCUGAUGGAAAAGAGGAAGUGAGAGGAGAGAGGGGCGUGGCCUUGGCCUCUCAGUGCCGCCUUUGACUCAUGCUUUUGAUGAGGCGUAGAUGUUCUUGAAGAGAAAAGAUCCCGCUGAGUCAUCAAACAGGAUGUCCACUCUCAGUUUACAAAUGUAGGUCAGUUUAGUUGUCACUGUUAGUUACACUCGCCGCCAUGUGAAAGCACUUAUAUAAUAACCUCCCUCGCUCUUCUUCUUCGCCACGACUGAGUAAAAAGCCUUCUGGAAAACAACCAUCGAGGCCGGAUUACUACAGGAAGUCUGGAGGUCAAAAAAUUUGAUUUAAACGUAAAAAUCCAACAAGUAAAACUCCAGGAAAUCCUUCAAAUUCAGGGUUUGAAAAGCUUUUUAAAAAAUCCUACAUUAAUUAUUUAAGAUUUGAAAAACCCAUUUUUGCAGCUCUGACUCCCGCACAGAAGAAGGAGAGAAAACAGGCGUCUGCGCCACAUUCGAGUCACUCAGUCUGAACGAUCACCUCCGUCAGCGACGCUUAUAAACAAAUAAACGACCUCAUCAGAGUUACCGAGAGCCGUGUGCGUCCUGCAGAGGUCUCUGUGAUCAGCUGAUGUGAUAUCAGGGGGAUCGAUAUGACGUCAGGGCUCGACACUGACUUUUUUCACAAGGAGCGCAUGUUCUCCUAAGUCGAGAAAGUAAGGAGCACACAAAGAACCUCAGCGGCACAAUGAAAAUUAAUUAAUCAACGUUUGUUUUAUUGGUUGACAUAAGUAUUAUUAUUUGAAAUCAAUUUGAGGUCUUUUGAUCACAUGACAUGGAAGCUCUUGAAGGAAAGGUUCAAAAUUUACCAUUAAAUUUAACACAAAGUUUUUGAGAGGUCAAAUUAAAAAAAAAAAAAAAAAGGUGUGUCUUAUUGUCCGACCUUAGUACUAAUAUUUGAAAUAGAUUUUGGUCACAUGACAUGGAAGCUAUUGAAGGAAAACAUCCUUUCCUGAGAACAUCAACCGGUAUAUUAAUGACGGUCCCUUAUUUAACACCCGACGAGUAGAUUUAACCGCGCUGCUGUUGUUAUUCACGGUUUUGGAGAGUGAGAAGACACCGGUAGAUCCUCAGUGAAUGUCCGUCAGAUAUCCAACCUAAAACUAACCUCACCGCCGUAUUUACAGGAAAAAAAAAAAUUAUGCACAUGUGCUCCUAAAUACAUUUUACUUUCGCACACACCUACUUUUUGGCACAAAUGCGAGUGAAAUGGUCGCACUGUCGAGCCCUGGCCGUGUUUGUGAUUUACAGUGAAGUCUGUAGGAUUAUAUCACAGAUCUUUACUAAGCUGAUAAAAAAGAAAGUUUUUACCAACUCAGAAACUUUAGUUUUUGUCGGUUAGAGAGCUGAGGUUAGAGCGAUGCAGAAACAGCAGUUUUUAAUCAGAGACUGGUUCCCCUCCGGUCUGAACUCUGUGACAGUUUUAGUUUCCUCAGCUGUACUUGUGUAAGUCUGCUGAAGGUCAGAGUGAGAGGAAAUACUCCUCGUUCUCUUCGUCUGCAGAUAUGAUAGAUGUCUUCAUCAGCUGUUUGUAUUUAAAGUUGUGUUUCCUCAUCAUGAGCAGCACAGCUGAGGUGUGUGUGCGUGUGUUUCUGCGCAGCGCUGAUCUCAAUCCCUUAAUUUCAGCUGGAUUAGCUCGGACUAGGAGCCGAGUGUUUCCCGGACCAGGUGCUGUUGCCUUCACACCAUCUCCCCUCCUCUCCUUUUGUUCCGACUAACUUGUUGAUUAUCGAUGAAUAUCGGUACUGCACCAGCUGUUCUGGGCGAACCCUCCGGCCCUUUAACUGGGACUCUUCGUGGUUUACAUGUCGUGGCGUAGAAAAGGGAAAAAAAACAACAAAGAGUUUUAAUUUAUGCGGCUACAAACCCCGAGGAGACGCAGAACAAGUCGAGUCCUGAAACACUUUGAGAACUUUUUGUUUUUCUCAGUCUUGUGAUUCUCUAAAUUUAAGAAUCCUGUUUUCAGCCCCGCAGCAGAAAACGUUAAUCUGCACUUUUUUACUCUUCUUCUAUUCCUGUCGAUGUUUGCAGUCACAUGUUCGAUCUUCCAUCCUCUUCUCUUUCUCUCCAGGAGAGGAGGCGAGUAUGUUCAAGUGUUCGGUUACCAAGGAGACGGAGUGCAGCCGCGUGGGGAAGCAGUCAUUCAUCAUCACACUGGGCUGUAAUAGCGUCCUGCUGCAGUUCUCCUCACCUGCAGGUACACAAACACACACACACACACACACACACACACUCGUACUCCACCUGCCGUAGGAUCAGCUGUUCAGGUCAAAACUACAAUGACCACGAGGGACGGCGUCACUCAAACACUGAAGGAAGUGUAAACUCCGCCCCUCCAGCUUCACGUUAAAGCGAACGUUUGAACUCCGUCCUCCAGAAUCACUCCAGCUUUUGUCGUUUUUCACUUUCUGAACCUCCGAGUGUUAAAGUUCGUUACAUAAUCAGAGAGCCGCUUCUUCCCACACACUUGAUGCACUUUUCUCCUGGAGUGUGGAGCGGGCGGCACCAGCUUUACCCCACAGAGAAACACAGUACGAGCUCCACUCACACUCCGAACACUUCUGGACCCUCGGCUGUAGUGGUUUCCAGGACUUAGUCAGCGUAGAAAUCCAGCCGCUUUAAUCCCACUUUAGCACGUUUUUAUCGGCUGUAACCUGAUCCGACUUUUUCAAACUUUUUCGGCUCUUUUGACUCCAUCUUCCUGGUUUUUGUUUCCCGCCCACAGCAGGUUCAAACCAUCCGCUCCCUCCAGACUAGCCGCGAGUCUCUCUGGUCCAGUAUCGGUGUUGACCUUUAAUUGUUUCUGUGUUUGUGUGUUUUUUUUUCUGUUCAGACUUUCAGUCCUUUUAUAACAUCCUGAAGAACAGUCGUGGGCACUCCAACGAGCGCUCGGCGUUCAGCGAAAGAACAGAGGAGUCCUCUGCUGUACAGUACUUCCAGGUGAGAGAGAGAGGGUCACACACACUUACACACUUAUACACACACACCGCUCAGAGAGGUCCAACUUCCUGUUGCUGAUUUUCCCUGAUCAUGGUUCAAUUUUAUUUAAACAAGACAAAAAUAACAAUGUUUGGAAAUAGAUGGAGUAGUCAAAAUAGAUGGAGUUCAUGAAAUCCAAUUUUUGGGGGUAACUAUAGAGGACAGAAUUAAUUGGAAAUCAAACAUGUGCAAACUAAAGUCUCUAGAACUAUUGCAGAGAUAUUGUCUCACUACACUUGAAUUACUGUGCUGAGGUUUGGGGAAACAAUUAUAAAACAUCAUUACAGCCACUAACCAUCGUCCAAAAAAGAGCAAUACGGAUCAUUCACAGCGUGGGAUAUCAAGAACACACACAUUUAUUAUUCCUAUAACCCAAACUGUUAAAAUUUACAGACAUUGUGGACUAUCAAACAGCUCAAUGUUCAAAGCUAAAAAGAAUCUAUUACCAAGAAAUAUAAAGGAAUUAUUUAGUAUUCAUGAGGGGAAAUAGUAACUUAAAUUUAAACGGAUUUUAACGUACAAACAGGAAAAGUUUUUGUGUUUCAGUCAGCGGCGUGAGAGUUGAAUUGUUCAUUGUUUUGUUUUUCUUGACUUUCUCUUGCGUCUUCGAAAUAAACAGAAUCAAAUCAAAUAGUUUACAUGUUUUUUCGCUCAGGUUCGAGUCUCUCUGCAGCUUCAGUUUCCUCAUAUUUUCAUGACUUCAGGUUCCUGAACAGUCGUCUCUUUGUCAGUCUGUCUCCGCUCUAUUUUUAGCUCCUCACUUUUCAUCAAAAACAUCUUUUGGAGACACUUGAAUGUCUCUUUUUUUGGCGGUAAACGUCCUCCUGCUGUCAGGGAACAGUUCUCUUGUUUUUUCUCGUUUUUCAUUGGCCGAUCGGCUCGUUAGCGGCACAAUCGAGGAGCCCACCUGUGUCUGGAAAUAUGGGUCAGUUUUUCAUCCUCGCUUCAUUUCUCUGUUUGCAGUUUUAUGGCUACCUCUCACAGCAACAGAACAUGAUGCAGGACUACGUCCGGACAGGAACCUACCAGCGGGCGAUUCUCCAGAACCACUCGGACUUUAAGGAUAAGGUAACUAAAGCGGAUCGGUUCAAAGGUAUCACGAUCCGUUCCCUGCUCAGGAUGUCCCGCUGAGUCUCCCCCUCUCUGCCUCAGGUGGUCCUGGAUGUGGGUUGCGGCUCAGGGAUCCUGUCCUUCUUCGCAGCUCAGGCUGGAGCCAGGAAGGUGUACGCUGUGGAGGCCAGCACCAUGGCGCAGCACGCAGAGGUGCGACCAGAUCCGCGCUAACGUCAGGUAUCGGUUUGUAGGACCCGGCUGCGGCUAACCCCUGAUCGUUGCCUUACAGGUGUUGGUGAACAGUAACCGUCUGGGGGAGCGCGUGGUCGUCAUCCCAGGGAAGGUGGAGGAAGUGACGCUGCCCGAGCAGGUCGACAUCAUCAUCUCAGAGCCAAUGGGAUACAUGCUCUUCAAUGAGCGCAUGCUGGAGAGCUACCUGCACGCCAAGAAGUUCCUCAAACCCAACGGUGAGCGGGUUCACAGGACAGAGGAGGGGUGAAGGUCAGGGUUAGGUGACCUCCAGAGUCUGGUUCAACGUUCUGCUAACUUCCUGUUUUUGUGUUUCAGGUAAAAUGUUCCCCACCAUCGGAGACGUCCACCUGGCUCCCUUCACAGAUGAGCAGCUCUACAUGGAGCAGUUCACCAAGGCCAACUUCUGGUAAGGAGGGGUCCAAGACUUGGAGUCCGGACCUAUAAAAACCUGUCUGGACUUUUAGAAGUUCCUCUCACCUCUGCAUCCGUCACGGUUUUGACUCAGUAAAUCUGUAUCUUUCAGGUUCUGACUAGUUCCUGUCUCUGUAGAUUAAAUUAACGGCAGUUCCAAAGUUUUUUUUUCUUUGCUGUUGAAGUAGGGCUGGGCGAUAAAAUGAUAACAAUAUAUAUCGAAAAAUUAAUUUCCCUCGACAUCGAUAUAAAACAUGGUUGAUAAGCUUUGUUAAUAGUCUGCAUUGAAAAGGAGAAAAGGGCGUUCUCUGAGAUUUAGCUGGGUGUAGAGCGGUAAGGUAUACACACACACACACAGGUGUGGUGCGUUGAAUGCGUCGGUACAUCUAUGGUGCGUUCAUGAGCAUAGGACAAAUGAAAACUCACUGUAAAUCCCAAUGUAACUUACCAAUAAGCAUUGUUAAAUUAAAAUUUUUAUAUCCUGAUAUAUAUCGAUAUCGACUGAUAUGAAAAAAAUAUAUAGUGAUGAACUUUAUCCCAUACCGCCCAGCCCUAUGUUGAAGUAGAGACCUCCGAGAAUCUAAAGGACUUCCUCUCUGCUCUCAGGUACCAGCCCUCCUUCCACGGUGUGGACCUCUCUGCCCUGCGGGGGGCAGCAGUAGACGAGUAUUUCCGUCAGCCAAUCGUGGUACGUCUCCAUUUCUCUCUCUCUCUCACACACAUUUUUAUUUAACCGUGUGUGUGUGUGUGUGUGUUGUCGUCUCUAAUCAGCUGUUUCCUCCUCAGGACACGUUUGAUAUCCGUAUCCUGAUGGCCAAGUCCGUCAAACACACAGUCAACUUCCUGGAAACCAAAGAAGAGGAUCUGUACAGGUGUGUGUGUGUGUGUGUGUGUGUUCAGGGUGUGUGUGUGUGUGUGUGUCCUUGUUUGAUACCCGGGUUCACUGACCCCGCUCCUCUCUCCUCCUCCAGGAUAGAGAUUCCCUUUAAGUUCCACAUGAUGCACUCAGGUCUGGUGCACGGUCUGGCUUUCUGGUUUGACGUGGCGUUCAUGGGAUCAGUGUAAGUCAGCCGGUCUGGUUUCUUCUGACCCGGUUUUAAACGGGUUCUCAGCUCGGCCUCAUCCCUCCCUCUCCUCUCCACUCCUCUCCGCAGGAUGACAGUCUGGCUGUCUACGGCGCCCACAGAGCCGCUCACCCACUGGUACCAGGUCCGCUGCCUGCUGCAGUCUCCUCUCUUCACCAAGGCUGGAGACACGCUGUCCGGCACGGCUCUGCUGGUGGCCAACAAGAGGUAUGAGGUCACUGAACGUAGUCCUUUUCGAUUGGUUCAGGGGUCACCUGAUGUUUCCGGGAACUGGUCCGUGUAAGGAGGAUCCGGUCUGAGUUUUCUGGUUCUGAGAUAACUUUCCAUCUCCUUCCCAACAGACAAAGCUACGACAUCAGUAUUGUUGCCCAGGUGGACCAGACAGGAUCAAAGUCCAGCAACCUGCUGGACUUGAAGAACCCCUUUUUCAGGUGAGUUUAAGCUCCUCCUCCUCCUCUUCGGUGACUCACGUAAACCUGCAGACCGUCAUGAAGCGGUCUACUGAGGGGGAGGGAGGGAGCGCCGUCUGUCCUCCUGGAGUUAAAUGUGUGUGUUUGUCCGCGCAGGUACACAGGCACCACCCCAAACCCCCCUCCUGGCUCACACUACACCUCCCCGUCCGAGAACAUGUGGAACACAGGGGCGGCCUACAGCAUGAGUCAGGGGAUGGCUGUAUCAGGUGAACACACACAGAGACACGGGUCCGAAAAAAGAAAACAGAUAUUCUGAAACUUAAUUUAAGAGACAGGGACCACUUUGAGAUAUGAGUGUCAAAGUCAACGUUUACAGGCUCUUAAUUUGAAAUAAACAACAAUUUAUUUUGAAAGGUAGAUGUACAAGUUUGCCUCCCACUUCCUGUGUAAACACAGUUAGGUAAAUAUAUAUUUGAAUCUUUUAAACAAACAUUUACGCAGCGUUCAGAGUCUGAAAGACUUCAGACGGGGGGGGGGAAGACGCGCGACCUGAAAUCAAAACAACCUGAUUGGUCGAUCAGUGUGUCGUUGUGUCAAAGCUGUCCCUUUAAAACAUCAUGUCCACAAAGUCGACCAGCAGCUUCUGUGAGGUGAAAAUUAGUCAAGUCAGUGUGUUUACAUGCACAGUUUAAUCGAACUAAGCUCAUGAUUCGUUUUUUUUUCAUACAUGCAGCUGAGAAAAUUUUAUUUUUAACUUGAACGUGUCCUCCUCCCCAAAACUAGGGGGCGAUACAGGUCUUUUCAGCUGCGCUUUUUUUAAGAUGUCUCCUUCACUCGUUUUGCGACCGUCUAUAUUCUUCAAAAUCUCCAUUUCUGUCAGGAGGGAAAGCAUAACGGCGCUCUCCUCGUCGUUCCAAAAGUGGACAUUCUUUGUGUUUUAGCCUUAUUUCAGUUGCUUCCGAGUCUAAAGUUCUCGAAAUGAUAGCGCCACUUCUUCUCUGGUGUUUUUGUUCCGGGGUUACGGGGGCGUGGUGCACAUCCAAUCGCAUUAUCUGGGCGUUUUAAUCGGAGUUCUCAAACUCCGAUUAUAGUCAGACUAAGAUGUUUACAUGCACUUCAGUUGUCCGGUCUUAAUCGGAAUAAGGCGAUAAUUCGUUUUUCUCGAGUGUCAUGUAAACGUUCUGAUUGUUAUUCUGAUGGCUGCACCUUCUCAUCUCAGGGUUCCUACACAGGUAGAGUUUCUGAACUUUUCCAUAACCUACUUUUUAGAAUUAUUCUUGGAAAAAAAAACUUAUUUUUUAUUUUAGAAAUCAGUAUUUGUUUUUUACUGUGUUUAUAGUCUGGAAACCUAAAUAAUUUUCCAUUCUUUAGUUUUCAUUUACCGUACUUUCUAAGAGCUGGAAAUUGAUCAAUUUACUUCCAUACUUUUCCAAACUUGCGUAGGAACCUGUCUUCUCAUUCAGGUCCAUGUUUGUACAGAUCCUCCUCCGUUAUGUUCUCAGACUUUAAAAAAACACAAUCUGAACCAGGCUGCAACAGAAACCAGUGCUUUUAGUGGGCUGACUUUGAGUUACCUCGGAGCUGAAAAUGACGUCACACCCGAGUUACCGGCGUUUCAGUCACCAAGUCGGAAACAAGAUGGCUACAUCUACGAACGUUAUUUUAGCGCUUGCCUUGUCUGAAUAUAAGACGGGUGCUAAAAACACUUCUGUAGACGUAGCCAUCUUAUUUCAGUCCUCCAAUUUUGUUUUGUUUUUUUGGCUUUAUAACUGAAACGCUUGGAACUCGGGUGUGACGUCAUUUUCAGCUCCAACUUCUGACGCAGCAUUUUAGUUGCACAUCUUUUAAAAAUGACUGAAUCGAGCAGUUUUAGGGAAAGGAGCUUUAAGUGAAUUUAGUUAGAUUUAGUUUGAAUGAAAUUGCAGCUGUAACUGUCUGUUUGACAGAAAUGUACCGUAAUGUCUGUAAUACACACCUGCACAGAAACAAAGUCAUUGUUUGGACAUUUUAAAGACGUGGAUUGUGAAGGUUUGAGUGUUAGGGGGGUCCUGAGUUCACCUUGUGGUUCAGCGUUCGGUUCAUCAGGGACAGUCUUACUCCUCCUCCCUCUCUGUCAUGUUUUCAUGUUUUUUAUUGUAAUCCUUCAGAUCGGUUUGGUAAGUAAAAGAGAGCUCGCUCCGUUUUUAACGUGAAGCUUUUAAUCCUCAUCUGUUCCAGCGCUGCGGUCGACCUCGGCCGCCGCCGCCAUUUCUGAUGAGAGGGCUGAAUGCGAUCACAAAUGUUGAUAUUUCUGCUUCCUGUGUCUCCCCUCAGGGAUGCCUGCAGCUUAUGACCUCAGCACAGUCAUCGGCAGCGGCCCGUCGGUGUCUCACAACAACCUCAUACCCCUGGGUACGCAGAACGCUCAUCCUCACUGAUCAGAGUCUCAGAACGCAGAGAGAGGAAGGAAGCGCUGAUAAUAACAGUAGAUGUUGGCGAGCCGAGCCUGAGCGGCGGCCAUGUCAGUUUGAGUGAUGUCAGCAGAGCUCUUCAUAAAAGACGCUCGAGUGUUUGAAUCAGAGUCUCGGCCAUCUGCUCGUCUGACAGUCACAGGAUGUUCCACUAUUCCUGGUUACUCAGCUGCUGCACCAGAUUGUGUGUGUGUGUGUGUGUGUGUGUGUGUGUGUGCAUGUGUGUGUGUGUGAGAGAGGGAUUUUGUUGCUACAAACAGGAGUCAACAGUCAACAAGCUUAAGUCGGCCGCGGCGCCGCACGUAUCAUUAACUCUGCUCUCCUCUCUGAUUGGUCACAGUGAACACAGGAAUUGUAAACCACACCCAUUCCAGGAUGGGCUCCAUCAUGAGCACAGGAAUCGUCCAGGGUACGUUCACACCACACAGACCCCCCAAAUCCCUACACCCUCAGACCUAGGGUUGCAAAAUUCCGGGAAUUUUCAAAGUUGGAAACUUUUCAUGGGAAUUAACGGGAAUAAAUCUGAACUUUGCAAAAUUGAAGAUUGGCCCUCAUCAGGGAACUUAAACAUAGUUGGUGAAAAUAUAUAUAUAUAUACUGUAUAUAUAUAUAUAUAUAUAUAUAUACAACCAGAUUUAAUACAAGUGCACUCCUCCAUCACAUGAUUCACAGAUGAUUUCUUGAACCCUGCAGGCCACACUUUUGAGCCCAAAGCACAAGACAUUUGAGCGCACGGACAAUAGAAAGUCAAGUAAGUUUGGAUGAUAUUAUGGGGUAAAUAUCUUUGGUUUAUAAUAGUAUUCAUAUUUGACUUGCAAAAAUGAAAAAUAGGUGCUAAAUUGAAGCUAUUUUUCAUUUCAUUGAACAUUUGAGGGGCUGGCUUAUUAUGGUGGUGGGAGCUACUCGUGCGAGACGAUACGACUUUCUCCUGAUUCGAUUCUUUUAUGAUAUUUUGGAUGUCAAUUCGAUUUAAAUUGCGAUUCUACGAUAUUGUAAAUUUUCUCUAUAUUUAGUCUUUAUUUUUAACUCCAGUGACUCAGUUAAAUGAUUAUGAUUGUCUACUGACUAUUUCAGGAACCAUAUUUCCCCAAAAAACACACAUCACAUGCAAGUGAGUUUUUAAGAUUUAUUCUUAAAUUAAAAAAAAAAAGAUUUUUGAACAUAAAAAUCCAUUUAAAAAUUGUAAAGCAAAAAAUCUCCCACCCCUAGUAGCGACCUCAAAUGUGAUGAUGUGUUUUCUGUAACCAAACUAUAAUUUAUACAUCAACUGUCAAAUAUUUUAAGACCAUUCCAGUCGUUUAUUCAACUAUAUUUCUGUUUAUGCCAUUGCAUCAGUGUUUAUACAAACCUUUUCAUUAUUUUAUUCUACAGAAAAAUUCCAUGUUCACCAUCUGAUGUGUGUCAUGUAUUUUAAUUUAAAUUUUUUGCAUGGAUGUCUGCGUAUGACAAAACAAAAAUAUUUACAUUUAUAUUUGGAUAUGAUACAGUUUGUUUAAAUUACCCCCAAUUUCCAGUUAAUUCCCAUAAUAGUAAUGAUAAUAAUAACUUUAUUCUUUAAAGCUCAGUUAAAAACAAGUCCUCCGAAUUGAAGGCCAAUUUUAUUUAUCAUAGGGAACCCAGAAAAUACGACAACCUACAGCAUAAAAUGAGACCAUGAGGAUCAAAAUAAAAACAUAAAAUAGGUAAGAAAAAGAAUUGUAAUAAAAUAGGUGGGUAGAAAGCAGGAAACAGGAUGGUUAAUAUAAAAAGAAUAUUAAUAAUGAUAUUAAAAUCAUAAUAAAAUAAUGAUGGUAAUAUUUAUGAUAAAAUGGAAUAACAAAAAUGAGCAGGAAAAAAAACAAUAAAAUCAAUAAGAAGCCUAAAAGGUAAAAUAAAACAAAGGCUAAAAGGACAUCAAGUCAAAAUUAGAUACAGGGAAAAGAGGGAAAAUCGGCAUCACACAAAAGUCUAUAAAAGUGAGUUUUUUAAUUGGACUUAAAAGAAGCGUCUGUCUCUGCUGUUCACUUUAUCUCCUCUGGCAGGUCGUUCCAAAGUCGAGGAGCUCUGAUGGAGAAAGAUCGAUCAUCUUUAGUUUGAGUCUCGACUUUGGAACGACCAGGAGGCCUUCGCCGGAUGAUCUGAGGCUGCGAGUCGGUUCAUAAGGUCAUAAAAGCUCUCAAAUGUAGCUUGGAGCGAGUCCUUUGAGUGCUUUAAAGUAAUCAAUAAAAUCUUAAAAUCAAUUCUAAAACUGACAGGAAUUCUGUAAAAUCGGGGCUAAAAUAAUUCCCAUGGAAAGUUUCUGGAAAUUUAACCGAAAUUUACUGGAAAUUUUCCGACCCUACUCAACCCAAGCAUCUGUUCCUGAAGGUUCUGGUUCUGGUCCCUAACGCUGUUCUCUCCCCCUCUCAGGAGCCACCACGGGUCAGUCCGGCCCCAGCAGCAGUGGUACUUACUAUCCCGUCACCAACCAGUUCACCAUGGGGGGCGCCGCCAUCUCCAUGGCCUCGCCGAUGGUCAUCCCGAGCAACACCAUGCAUUACGGCAGUUAAGACGAAGAGCUCGCCGAGACCUCUUCGUCCUCCCCGCCCCUUGCAUGACAAGAGACCCCCGCCCCCUUUCUCCUGCGUCCCAUCCUUCGACCCCGACCGACCCGCCGCCACCACCAACCGCAGCCAAAACCAGUAUACCAAAACCAGUGCUGAGCUGGAACUCCCUCCUCCUGUCCUGGUCCGAUUCAGUCCAUCACUCUCUGAACGGGGAACGCUCUCGUAUCCGUCCACACGCUCGUCUCGUGGUCAGACGAACCCUCCCGCCCCUCCUCCUGGACUUUAUGGGACUGUAACACGUGCACAGAGACGCACUGCAGCUAUCACCCCCUCCCCCUUUGACAUGUACCCGCCCCCGUCUUUAUUUUUUGUAUUAUUGUGUGUGUCAUAAUGAGCCCAGUGUUCCUGCACACGGUCUCCUCUAGAAGAAUCCGCCUGUCUCCAGAUAUCAGCCCGAUCCUAAAGGAAGGUUCUCCUUAGACCAGUAGGACACUAUUAUCAUAAGAACUCAUCUCUGGGCGGCCAUCUUGGCUUUUUCAUAUCCGAUCCAGACUCUUGAGACCUCGCCGUUUCUCUCCGAACAGACUGACUCAUGCCGGACGAACAGUCGCUUCAAAUCACAACCCGCUAAAAGUUCACCUCAUGCACUCUCAUCUGCCGAGGUCCACAUAUCAGAAAACCGAAGCCAUGGACACGCUGAGACACCCCGCUGAGGAUUCUGGGAAUUAGCUUUACCGGGACAUGGACAGUCUCCACCUCUGCCCGUGACCACCUGACAUGUGGUGUUGAUGUGUUUGAAGCGGAGGUUUCAGCAGACUGUCGCACUGGUCCUCCUCCUGACCUGCUGGGUUAGAAAGAACGCUCAGUGACAGCAGAGGGCGCUGUGUUCGCACACGCUCACAGUACGAUGUGUCAUUUUAACAAAGUUUUCAAACCCCGCCUCUGAGGGCAUAUGAGGGAUAAAAUCAUGAAGAUGAGCUGAGGUCUUGUGUCCCUCUGACUUUUACCUCUUAAAUAUCGAGAAUCUUGUUGUCGAUUGUUUCUGAAGUUAAAUUUGAGCUUUUACUCUGAAAACAGUCGCCUGCUGCUGCUGAAAACACGAAGAAAUGAGAUUUGUAGGCUUUACGAGUUACAGGGAUAUGCCGGCGUAAAAUUAAUUUAGGGUCAAACACACCAAGUCAGACACCCCCUCCAGAGAUGAAUGUUGCCGACCGCUUGCUUCUCUAGUUAUACCAACUUUAGUAACGACCGCAGGAUAGAAAUACAGAGAGCCACGCCCCCAAC